AUGAGGUACUCUCUACCGACAUUAAGUCUAGCAACGACAUGCCUCUCCCAGUUGCUCCCGCCAGAUGCGCCAGGCCCUGCACCCAAGUAUCCCAUCGGCGUGAGCAAGGCGCCCUUCGCCAAGGUCUCGGGCCGCAUGUUUGAGAUCGACGGCAAGGUUCAGUACUUUGCAGGAACCAACGCCUGGUGGCUCGCGCACUUGAGCAACAACAGCGACAUAGACAUCGCUCUAAAACAGAUGAUCGACACAGUCUAUGUCCGCAACCCACAGACGCAAUACAAAGUCGUCCGCGUCUGGGGCUUCGGCGACGUGAACCAGCCCCCGCCGGCCAACGCAACCGACCCCAACCGCGUCUACUUCCACCUCCUCAACUCGACCGGCACCUACAUCAACUACGGGCCCGCCGGCCUCGACCGCCUCGACUACGCCGUCUCCGCCGCCGAGGCCCUCCUCCCGGACCCGGCCAGCUCUUCCACCGCCGACACGAACAAAACAACAGGCCUGGGACUCCGCCUCGUCCUCCCCCUCGUCAACUACUGGGACGACUACGGCGGCAUAAAAGCCUACAACAAGGCCGGCCUGGCCGCCGACGCCGCCGCCUGGUACACCGACGCCGCCGCGCAGCGCGCCUACCGCGCGUACGUCAGGGCCGUCGUGUCGCGGUACCGGUCCAGCCCGGCCGUCUUCGCCUGGGAGCUCGCCAACGAGGCGCGGUGCGAGGGCGGCGCGUGCGGCGCGUCGACGGACAUCAUCGCCGGUUGGGUCGCCGCGACGGCGGCGUACAUCAAGGCCCUCGACCCGGCGCACAUGGUCACCACGGGCGAGGAGGGCUUCUUCGAGCGCGCCGACGGCCUCGGCGGCGGGCAGAGCAUCUACGGCGGCGUCGCGGGCACGAGCUUCCGCCGCAACGUCCGGGACGCCAACAUCGACUACGGCACGUUCCAUCUGUACCCCAGCUGGUGGGGGUACCCGUACACCUGGGGCGCGCAAUGGAUCCGGGAGCACGACGCCAUUGGGGACGAGGUCGGCAAGCCCAUCGUCCUCGAGGAAUACGGCACGCCGUUCCCGCACAACCACACGGCGACGCUGAAGCCGUGGCUCGAUGCCAUCGAGGCCAACUCGACGCUGGCGGCCGACCAGCUCUGGCAGUUCAGCCCCCGAGAUACCAGCGUGCCGCCAACGAGCUUUGCCGACGAGUUUGCUGUGUCGAUUCUCGACGAUGAGUAUGAGGUGCUGUGCCGACAGCACGCGGCGAAUAUGCUGAACAAGAAGCUCAAAACCUGA